AUGCAUUCAAUUACCUGCAAGUUCCUCCCUACUUUCCCUCUCUUCUUCCUCUCCUUCCUUGGCGCCCUGCCUCCCGCUCCAUGGCGAGGGAAGCCCCGGCUGAGCCUCCGGGGCGGAGGAGGAGGAGGAGGAGGCGGCGGCGGGGGCGGCGGAGGGGGCCUGGCGGGUCCCCUUCUGGGCUCUCCUUCGGGGGGAUCGUGGCUGGUGCCGCGGGGUCUGGCGCUGCGCUCGGGCUCGCUUCCCUCCCGCUGCCGCUGCCGGUGCUGUGAGGGCUGCUGCAGCGGGGGCCUGGGGGCCCUGGGGGUCCGGGGCCAGGGCGGGGGAGGCCUCGGGGUCGGGGGACGGAGGCUGCUGCUGGGCCGCUUCCUGGCGCUGCUGCCCUGGGCGCUGCUGGCGCUGCUGCUGCUGCUGGGGGCCGAGGGGGGUCCCGGCGGGGAGAAGGGCGCCAGCAGCUCCCGAGGAGCCCAGCCCCGACGCCCGGCCCCCUCCUCCUCCUCCUCCUCCGGCGGCCCUUCUCCUGCUGCUCCGCUGCCGGUGAUCUACGCGGUGACCCCGACCUACAGCCGCCCGGCGCAGAAGGCGGAGCUGACCCGUCUGGGCAACACUCUCCGUCAGGUGCGGGGUCUGCACUGGCUGCUGGUGGAGGACGCCCCCGCCGCCACCGAGCUGGUCUCCCGCUUCGCCCGCUCCCUGCGGGGCCUCGGGGGGCCCCCCUGCACCCUCCUCCACGCCCCCCCCCCCCCCCCCCCCAAGCCCCCCGGACAGCCCCGCGCCACCGAGCAGCGCAACGCCGCCCUCCACUGGAUCCGCAGCAGGAGGCAGCCCCCGCAGGGCCCCAACCAGCCCCCGCAGGGCGUCCUCUUCUUCGCCGACGACGACAACAGCUACAGCCUGGAGCUCUUCCAGGAGAUGCGCACAACCCGCAAAGUAUCUGUAUGGCCUGUGGGGCUGGUGGGCGGACGACGCUAUGAGCGCCCAAUUGUGGAAAAAGGCAAGGUGGUUGGCUGGUACACUGGUUGGCGGGCAGGCAGGCCUUUUGCCAUUGAUAUGGCAGGAUUUGCUGUAAGCCUUCAGGUGAUUUUGUCCAACCCUAAAGCUGUAUUCAGACGCCAUGGAUCACAGCCUGGGAUGCAAGAAUCUGAUUUUCUGAGACAGAUUACCACAAUGGAAGAACUAGAGCCAAAAGCCAACAAUUGCACAAAGGUUCUUGUAUGGCACACUAGAACAGAAAAGGUCAAUCUAGCUAAUGAGCCAAAGUAUCAUAUGGACAGUGUCAAAAUUGAAGUAUGAUGCCUAAGCGUAAAAUGGGACAUACCAAAAUUAACAGAUGCAAUCCCAGACAGUCAGACUGUACAGUUUGCCACUCAGCAACAUCUUUUACUGCUCUAAGGAGACUUCUAUCAAAUGGCUCAAGAUGUAUGUAGUUUUGUCUCCACUUGUUUUGCAUGUGUUUAUCCAAUCUGUUUUAGUACUUUAACUGAUUAGAUUGUUUUUAUAUAAGGCAUUCAAAUGCAUUUCAGUUAAAUGCUGAAAAUAUGCUGAUUUUUUAAAAAAUGUAAAACUUAAUUGAUCAUUUAGAAUGGCGGCUUUCAGAUAAUGGAUGUUCGGCGUUUAUUUGUUCUUUAAUUAAAGAGUUUUGUUUUUAAGAACAGUA